UUGAAAAAUAUUUGGGAUUAAUCAACCUCCCCUUGGUAUAUUAGAUUUGAUGUGUCAGUGGUGUGUAUUUCACUAAUAACAUGACGUGGAAAUAAAUGGCAAUUAUGUAAUGUUCUAAUCUUCUAAGCUUUAAGAAUCCUCCCUUCUAAUCUUUCGUUUUCAACUAAAUUUUCAGUUAUACUUUGUGGAUUCCUUUGCCCAAAAUAAUGUUUCUGGAGAAAAUAUUGUGAAUUUCUUGUUGUUGGUGUCUACUUAAAACACAUCUGCAAUCUGCUGAGUGCAAUAAUAAUCUCUUUAUCAUAAUAAAUAUGUCAUUUUUAUUUCUUGUUUGUAGCAAUUGGCAUAAUUUAUUGUGCACAGUUUUUAAAAUGUCAGGAUGGCUUGGAGAAAAGAGGUAGCUAAAUAUUUCCAUUUAAUACAAAAUUCUCACGUCAGGUUUUUGUUUGUUUUUUGCUUUUUUAGGUGCCUAAGAGUAUUUUUAAUUUAUUUAAAACGUUAAAUGCAAUAAUGUGAAAACUCAAGCUUUCUUUUUCAUAUUCAAGGCAGCAGCAAACCAAGAUAAAACAAUAUCAAAUAUAUAUGUACGAAAACAAUCAAUUUUUUUUUAAAAAAAACCCCAAGAAUUGCAGAACCAGUAGCAGGAAUUCAGACCUGUUUGAGUAUUCAUCCUGAUGUGUUUGCACAAAGUUUUCAGCAAGAUUAUAAUAAGACAUCCAUUGAUGGUUUAGCAUUCAUUUGCUUUGUUUUAGGGUGGUUAUGUGAUGGUGCAUCAAUUAGUUGUUGCGACCACCUAGGGCUAUGGGUGGGCAGGGGUGCCGCGCAGUCACUCCAGGGGCAUCAGUGGCAAAAGCUGGAUGCAGGCUCUGCUCACCCUCCAGGCUCCUCUCCCCAGGGUGCGCACACCACCCCAGGGUGGUGCAUGUACGCCUGUCCCAGGCACCAGCAGUACACAAUAAGCCGCUGUGUCCCAGAACCCAGUAAACAAGGCAGAGCACUUAAAAGCUCUUUCUAGGCUGGAAAAACCCUGUGCAAAAAGAGCUUAACACCAAGCUCAACCAGCCGGAUUUCAACCACAUUAAGUCAAAAUCUCACAAGUUAAGGAUAUGACUUGUGGCCAAGGCAAAGAACAAAUAAGCAUUUGCUACACAAAUGUUACAAGAAAAGCACCAUGAGAGUUAGUGAUUUUUGACAUCUUUGAAGGGUUGUACAUGAUAGUUAUAUCAAAUGAUGCACAGCAGUUUGGCAUUGUAUUCCUUUUUAAAUCUUGUUAGGAGUGGGAUGAGAAUCUGUUCUAGUGGUUUUCCCAGUCAAAACUCUUUUAACAGGUGGCAGGCCUCUUAACUCUCGGCUUUUAGUGGACGUCUGAAUAUAGCAUGCGACUGAAUCAUUCAUGGGUUUCCUCUUGCACCUGUGCCCACUUGGUAGCAUAUUAGACUGCUGGCUGUUGAAGUGGAGCAGCAUUGAAAUAUAUGGCACAGUUGGAGAUGCAACAUCUGGCCAAUAACAGCUUGGGGAGUAUCACACCAUAGACAAACGUGGCAAUAUUGUAUUUGUGAACAGGUACUGUGAAGGACAGUGAGUGUCCCCAAAGAAGAGUGUAUAUUUGCACUGGUAGAUAGAUAGAUAGAUAGAUAGACAGACAGACAGACAGACAGAUACCCAAGUGGAGAAGCCGGGAAAAACAUUGGUUUGUCACCAUAGGAAGAGCCCUGCUAGAUCUCACGAAGGUCCAUCUAGUCCAGCAUCCUGUUCUCACAGUUGUCAUCCAAAUGACCAUGGAUAGCCUACAACAGGCAUCCCCAAACUGCGGCCCUCCAGAUGUUUUAGCCUACAAUUCCCAUGAUCCCUAGCUAACAGGACUAGUGGUUGGGGAAGUUGGGAAUUGUAGUCCAAAACAUCUGGAGGGUCGAAGUUUGGGGAUGCCUGGCCUACAAGCAGGGCAUGAGGAGAAUAGUUCUUUCCAGCUGUUGUUAUCCAGUGGUAUUCAAAGGCAUGUUGCCUCUGAUCCUCGCGGUAGUACAUAGCCAACAUGAUAAGUAGCCAUUGACAGCCUUGGCCGCCAUGGGCCCACCAAAUCCUCCCGCCUCCUAACCAGACUUAUAAGUUGGUGGCCCUUGCUACAUACUGUGGUAGUGAUUUUCACAGUACAGUGGUACCUUGGUUCUCAAACGACUUGGCUCCCAAACAAAUUGGCUCCUGAACGCCGCAAACCUGGAAGUAUGUGUUCCGGUUUGCGCAUGUUUUUCAGAAGCCGAACAUUCGACACGGCUUCCGCUUGAGUGCAGGAAGCUCCUGCAGCCAAUCGGAAGCCGCACCAUGGCUUUCGAAUGGCUUCUGGAGUCGGAACGGAUUAUGUUUGAGAACCAAAGUACCACUGUGAUAACUCUGUGCAGUGUGGAGAAGUACUUCCUUUUAUCUGCUCUAAACCUUCCAAAAUUCAGCUUCAUUGGAUGACCUUGGGUUCUAGAAUUAAAAUCUGUUAACUGUAGGGCACGAGCCCCUCUUUGGGAUACAUUUGGGCUUUAUUUUUAUUUAUUUUUAUUACUUCCCUUGCAUAUGCACCAGUGGAUGUUUGAUCAGAGGAGGGUCUACACUGCAAGACGGUCUGAUAAGCCUGCAGAUUUCCCAUGUCUGUUUGCUGUUCUGUUUCAGACCUUGUGGCCAUCCUGUUCUGGAGAGGUUUCUGCUGCUCUGGUUGCAGAAGUGAAGGGUUACUCCAGCUGGAAGCUAGAAGGCAUUGUGAACUUCAUUCCAUUUGUGCCAUUCCAGAGCUCUGCUCCAGCAGGAGGAGAAACAGCUGAUUCAAAGAGUUUGCUUGCUAGAAUGUACACAAUUCUCUCGAAGGUGCACUCCGAUCAUACGGUGUACCCUUCUGCUGGAGUUCUGUUUGUCCACGUCUUGGAGAGGGAGUAUUUUAAAGGGGAGUUUCCUCCUUAUCCAAAACCUGGCGAGAUGAACAAUGAUCCUAUAACUUUUAACACAAACCUAAUGGGUUACCCUGACAGACCUGGUUGGCUACGAUACAUCCAGAGAACACCCUACAGCGAUGGAGUGUUGUAUGGGUCACCGACAAUAGACAAUGUGGGAAGACCAUCGGUCAUUGAGAUCACUGCUUAUAACAGGCGCACCUUUGAAACGGCCAGACAUAAUUUGAUUAUUAAUAUAAUGGCAUCAGAAGAUUUUCCUUUACAAUAUCAAGCAGAGUUCUUCAUUAAGAAUAUGAAUGUAGAGGAAAUGUUGGCAAGUGAGGUUCUUGGAGACUUCCUUGGAGCGGUGAAAAAUGUUUGGCAGCCGGAGAAACUGAAUGCCAUAAACAUCACCUCAGCUCUUGAUAGGGGAGGCAGAGUCCCACUUCCUAUUAAUGACAUGAAAGAAGGUGUCUAUGUUAUGGUUGGUGCAGAUGCUACAUUCUCCUCCUGCUUACGGGAAGUUGAAAACCCGCAAAAUCAGCUGAGAUGCAGUCAAGAAAUGGAGCCUGUAAUAACUUGUGAUAAAAAGUUCCGUGCCCAAUUUCAAAUAGACUGGUGUAAAAUCUCCUUGGUUGACAAAACACAGCACGUUUCCACCUAUCAAGAAGUGGUCCGUGGAGAAGGGAUCUUACCAGAUGGUGGCGAGUAUAAGCCGCCUUCUGAAAGCCUGAAAAGCCGAGACUAUUAUUCAGACUUCCUCAUUACAUUGGCAGUGCCCUCCGCAAUAGCCCUGGUGCUUUUUCUAAUACUUGCUUAUAUUAUGUGCUGCCGAAGGGAAGGCGUGGAAAAGAGAAACAUGCAAACACCAGACAUCCAGCUGGUCCACCACAGUGCCAUUCAGAAAUCCACCAAAGAACUUCGGGAGAUGUCCAAAAACAGAGAGAUAGCUUGGCCUCUCUCAACGCUGCCUGUGUUUCACCCAGUCACUGGGGAGAUUGUGCCACCCGUUCACCCCGACAGCUAUGACAACACUAGCAUGCCACUGAUGCAAACACAGCAGAACCUGCCACAUCAGACUCAGAUUCCGCAGCAGCAAACGGAAGGUAAAUGGUAUACCUGAGGAAAGAAAACUUACAGAGGCGAUUAAUUUGUAAUUAAAUAAAACAGCCAAUAUCAUCUUUUAUUUCCUUAUCUGCUUCAGUGAUGCUUGAGUUUUUCUGAUGGCGUAUGCAUGCCCAGUGUUAAAUAUUCCAGUGUCAGAUGGUAAUCAUUUCCAUAUUACUAAAUUUACUGUAUUUUUUUGUACUUUGGACACUUUCAACAAAUUUAUAAAAUGGUAACUUUUAUAUUUGUUAUAUUUAAAAUAAACAAAUAUUAAACUAUUGGCUCUUUCUUACAUGGAUUUUAAAGCGGUAUAUACCAUGCAAAGGAGAGAAAUGUUACUUAAGAGAUAUGAAGGCCACAGGGAAAUUUUGGGGUGUGUGUGUGUGGGAGAUUUCCUUACCUUUUUUCUGCGUUUUUUCUUCUUCUGGAUCUUCGUGUCUCUAGUUAGUCUCAUGAGUAAUUUUUGAAUAAUUCUUAGGAAAAAGAAUAAUCUUGGUGCAAUACACACUAUUAUUGUGUUGAGAACUACUGGGUUAGGUAGCUACAUUUAUUUUAAAUCAUGCCAGAAGCAUGCUAAAUAGUCUUUGAAAUUAAUAGACAAUGUGACCUUGACAUAAUGCUAAAAUAGUCCUUUAUAUGCUUAUGUGGUUAGUUUACUUAUUUCAACCUAUGGUAAUAACUGGAAAAAAUGAGCACUCCAAGUGCUAUCAGAAUAUAGUCUGCUGAGUAAGCAAUUCUGGAAUCUGUAGCUACACUGCCAUUCAGAAUUUGGCAGGCAAAAAGUGAAUUACUGGCAGAAACCUUUGGUUACUGCAAUCCUUAAAGAUCGUCCCCUAACAGUUCAUCUGCAAUUUUCUGCAUAACCCUGUUUGUAUUGUUUCAGUAUUCUCACAAAUUAGAAUACAGAAUUCAAAUCCUUAGGAAAAAAUACCACACAUACACACUUCUGCUUAAUUGAUGCUCCUUCCAGUACAAAAAUAGGCACCCACAGCACACUUAUUUAAUGCUUAAAUUACUUCAUAUUUUUCACAUAACUUUAAAAGAAAAUAUAUUUUAUCCACAUACAGUAAUAGCAAACAAGUGCAAUAUUUCAAACCUAAAAAAUAAUCUUUAACCAAAUCUGUACAACAGAUAAAUAAAAUAUCUACAAUACUUGGUUUAUAAACAUAACAAAGUUCCCACCCCUAAGUAAAGUCAUCUCACUCCUUAAAUGUUACAAGUGUCAAUUGUACAUGCAGCCCAUGGGCUUGCCAACCUUCACUAUAGGGCUUAGCUAAACUGAAGUGAAAAACGAAAAAUCAAAAGCAACAAUCAGUGGCGAAGAACAGUUUUACACAAUUGUGAAUAAACUGGCAACUGUGUAUGGAGCUUGCACACUGUAGUUUGUUAACAGUGCAAGGAAGACAGUUCAACUUGAGCAUUAAAUGAAAUCCAUUUGAGAUCCAUCAUUUAUUUAGUGGAAUUCCCCCCCGCCCCCGGUAAUUAUAUUUCAUUUUGACUUUCUGUAACGGGAUUCCAAAGUUGCCCCUGUCAAAAGUAUACAUCAGAAACACAGCCCAUAAAUGAAAAAGCCAUACUGUUUCAUCAUUACCUAGAAUUGUGUGUAUGCAUCGAAAACAAUACUGUCUUCAUUCCUUCAAGCCCUAAAAUCAUAUGCAGCAUACAAGCAUAGCAGAGACAACCACUGAGGCCAAGACUCAAAAGGAUCAAGUGCCCCACUCUCAGGUGUGCACCUAUAUUUCUUUUAGCCAAAGUCUCUCUGCAAAAGUUACCUUCCCUCAGCAAUCCAAAAAUGCUAUUUAAAACCCCUAUCAAUGGGGCCUGGGCACAAUAACUUUAUAAAGGAUGAAGAUAUCACUGGUAGAUGCUCACUAUUUCCCUACAAGAACCCCCAAACUGCCUGUUGAAAUUAGCCACUGCUCAAACAGCAAUUUGAGAUACUCCAGGGACAGCUUCUGAAAAGGAAGCUUAGCACGAAAUUUGAAUCAUAACCCCUACAUGAUAUAUAGAUAUUAGGAUGGUGUCUAGGAUUUGUACUUGUCCUGUUACUACUUUAAUGUAGCUUGAGGCUCCCCAAAAUAUGGCUAGAAUCAUGAAUUCAAAUGGAUAAAAUUAA